AUGAUGUCAAAUAACAUUCCAAAAAUCAAUCAAUUACAAAAUCCUUCACAAUUCAAUAAUCAAAACCAACCAAACCAACCAAAUCAACCAAAUGGUCCCAUAAAUCCUUUAGCAAAUUAUACUUUACCAGGGGUGAUAAAUUAUCUAACCAACGAGUUCACUAACCUUGAAAGGUUUAAGAUUAUGAAUAACUUGGAAAAAUCAGAGAUGAAAUACAAAAUUACACAAUUACAAGGAGAAUUGAAUUCUUUAAAGUAUUCUAAUGAAGAACAAAAAUUAACCAUUUCACGAUUAAAGAAGGAGAAUGCCGAAUUACGUAAACAAUUGGGUCAAGAAGUUAAAGAAGUUAAAAAGGAAGAAGAUAAGUUGUUGGAAAUUCCUCAAGUUGAUUUACAAGUGAUUAAAGAUUCAAGAUUUCAAUUAACUAAAUCUAUGAGAGAAGUAAUUCAUUUAUUGAGAAGUCCUGUUAAUGCCAACCUUGAGUAUCUUGAAAUACCCGAUGGUAACGAUACUAAUCAUUCAUUUGAUGAAUUAUUCAGUAAAGAGAAAUCAGAAUUUAAUUUCCAUAAUAAAGAGCCUGAAGAUAAAGGUAUUUCUAAAUAUUUCCAAUCAUCAACUGAAAAUUUGAAUGAAGAUUUCCAAAAUUUAAACAUUGAACCACAUGUAGAACCAAGUUUGGAAAGUGACAGCGAAACGGUGGUUUUGGAUGGUAAUAAUGAAUUAGAAGUGACAUUACCUGAACCAAAUUUAAAACAAGUUUCCAUCAACAAGACUGAAAUUGAAGUCAAAGAAGCGAGAGUGUUUAAUAAUAAAUUCAAUGAUAUUCUUACCAUUUUUGAAACCACAGAUGAUGGAAAAACUUAUAUUGAAUUGUUUGACACUCAAACUAAUACUGAAAUAGUGAAGUUUUUAUCAACUAAAGGAGAUUUAGAUGAAGAUAAUAUUAUAGACAUUUAUUGUAUUGAUUAUGAAACCGAUUUACAAGUAGCUAAAUUAAUUAUUGUCACUAAAACUGAAGUUUGUCAAUUUGUGUUGGAUAAAGAUGAUCCUUUGAAUACUAUCAUUAUCAAAGAUGAAAUAAUGGGAGAGAUUAUAACUUCAGGUUUGAUUGACUUCAGUGAAAAAUCCAAUGAAUUUUCUAAACAUUUUGGAUUAUCACUUACUAUUGAAGAUAUUAAUCCUAAAGUGAUGGUAUUUGAAUUGAAUACUGGGCUUCGUAAUGAUUUAAAAGCUAGUAUCAUAGGAGAAUUCACCCGUAACUACUUCAAAAACUUAAUAUCCAAUUCCACAUCAAAUUUCGAGAUAAUAAAAUGGUUCAAAUCACAAGUUUCAAAUCAUUCGUCUCCUAAAAAGAAGACUCACAAGAACACUGAUACUAAUCCUUAUACUUUAGUAAUCAAAUAUGAACAUACUAUCAUGACACUUAAUAUUUUCUCCAAACAUUAUGAAAUAGUUACCAAUUAUUCUUCAAACUUAACCUUUGAUUUAGAGAAUAACAAUCAUUUCUUAUUAUUAACCAAUAAAUCACCUGAUGCUCACCAAUUACUUAUUUAUGAUUUAUCCAAUUCCAUUGAUCCUUCAAUUAUUGAUAUUGAUUCUGACGAUAAAGCUUUAUAUACCACCUUUACUAAUGGAUCGUUAUCGUGUAUUGCAGCCAUUUCAGAUAAUUCCAUUAAACUUUACGAUCUUGAUUUUAAAUUCCUCGAAGAAUCUCCCAUCACCCCUAACCCAAUUUUCAGAGUAGGUAACUCCAUAAUCAUUGAGGAUUCAAGCUUACACUUAUAUAAGAUAAUUUAG